UUCACCGCCAAGCCAACUAAAGAAGUACAUAUGUAGCAUACUAUUAUCUCAACUAAAACUGGAAUUGGUAUGUGUAUGGCGAUAUUUGAGAUCUAGGAAAUUCAAAUUUGAAAGGAAAACAGCUACAUUAGGAAAUGUUAUUGUGGCAGAAAAGAUGACUGAAGCAGCCUUCAAUGCAUUUUUGAAUGAUAUUCAAGACUUCAUAAAAAAGACACCAGAUCUGUCGAUUUUGAUACAAAAGCGAUAUGAAGAGUGUUCCAAGUCAUACAGAACUUCAAGUAAAUUUCAGGAAUUUUUACAAAUUACACAAGCAAAGAUUGACAGUGACAAUAGUAGAGUAUUUGUUCAUCUCAGAGAUUUCUUAAAUGAAUUGAAAACAAAUAAGGCAGAAAAAAAUGUGGACAAGAAGCGUAAACGUCGAGAAAGUGGUUCUGAUGUAUCAGAGGCACCAAGUCCGAAAUCUUUACGAGACAAUUCCACUGACCAAGAUACAGACUGCAGCGAGGCAGAAAACAAUUCACUACUCUGUGAAAACAAGGUCCUUCAAAAACCGAACAGAUUGAAUAAGCUAUCUCUGAAACAUCAGACACAAAAUACAACACUUCUCGAUAAACUUUGUGAGAAAGAAAAAGAUGUCCUUCAACAUCCUAACAAGAAUGUUGAGGCAGUCAUCGAAAAUGAUGUGUUACAACAUCCUAACAAGACUGUUGAGGCAGUCAUCGAAAAUGAUGUGUUACAACAUCCUAACAAGACUGUUGAGGCAGUCAUCGAAAAUGAUGUGUUAAAUGUACAGCAUCCUAACAAGACUGUUGAGGCAACUGGGACCAAAACUGGAGGGAGUCCUAGUAAACCAGGACCUUUAGUGAAUGGGAGACCAAUGGACCAGGAGGCAAAUCAGGAAACGUCUGACACGAAGAAUUUUGUGAACCAAGUAUCGCUCACUCUAGACAUAGAUGGAGAUAUAUGUAUGGUGGUAGAAAAUGUGGACGAUACACAGGAGGAGAUGGAAGAUGUAGACAAGUUAAAAGGAAAUUCAGAUGGAAAUGGAGAUUUUGUUACCUCCCCUAAAAUAUCUGCUACUGUCCUGGAGAAUGAUUGCAUCACCAUUGAUGAUGAUGACGACGAUGAUGAUGAAGAUGAUUUAGGAUUAAAAAAACGUACUGAAGAAAAAGAUAUCAAUGAUUUAAACGAAUUACAAAAGCAAAACAUUCCGAUUGUUAGCCCAAAAAUCUUGACAGUUGAAGACCCUGAUAAUAACAAAAAUAAAAAUUCUUUAAAAUUAAAAGACGCAGAGAAAGAAAACGGUAAAGAAGAAAUUUGUGUGGAACUUACAAAUGAGACAAGUACGAAUGAGAUCUCUGAAUCUGUAGGAGAAGAUAUGGCAAAGGGAAAAAUACGUGUUGAAGCUAAACAAAUUAAAAAUCAGGGAGCAGAAUGUACGGAAACCAGCAAAAAAUUCUCAGAAGCUCAACAAGUAGACGAGGAGGAAACUGAUCCCACUGAGAGUGAUAAAGGCACUCAGUCCGAGUCAGCACUGGCACAGCAGUCCUCCACAGAUACAGCAGUGCCCGUCUCAAAGGGGUCCCAGCGACAGAUACGUCGGCUAGAAAAGUUACUGGAGGACAUUCGUAACAAGAUAGAAGAGCUGAAGAACGCAGAUCUGUCAUUGGAUGCUCUAGGAGAAGAAGAUUCAGCCUACAUACAGGAGGACCGCUAUCAACACAAGUUUGUCAAGGUGUGGAAGAAGCUGUGUGAGCUGAAGGGUGCAGAGUCCAAUACAGGUCGCCCAGUGGAGAGACGCUUCUUCUACAAGGGUACAAGGUAUCCAGAAGUGAACAGAAAGUUGGAAAAAUUUAUUAACAAGCACAAGAUAUUUCCUGAUUUCCAUGAUGUCCAGAAAGUCAUCAGAGACACCAGCAAACAGAAAAAGCUAGGAUUGAGUGGCCCAGCUGUAGACAGACUGGCGAGGGAGGCAUUCCAAGACAUUGGGGAAAAACUACAGGAACGGAGAAUCCGUGACCUCAGGAAGACAUCCCCAGGGCAUCUCCCAGAUGAACAGGGAUUGAGGGAAGACCCGGCUUUAAGAGACCCUGAACUUAAGAAGAGGCUCGAUGACAACAGAAAAAUUGGAAAAGGAAAACUUUAUGACGUCUUGGAGAAAUUCUGUAAGUGGCAGGAGGAAGCUCCUGAGGAAAAGGAGGAUGAGGACAAAAAGUCUGAGGAUGAAGAGGAGGAGGAAGAGGACAAAGAGGAAAUGGAAUCGACUGAAAAGGACGACGUUCCUGAAAUGAUAGAAAUUCUCAAUGAUGAUGCUGAGGAUGAGGAGGAGGAUGAGGUUUCAACAUCACCAAUCAAAACAGCAGCAGAUGGCAGCUCUUCAUCAGUGUCGUUCCUAUCGGAUGAUGGACUUUUCUCACCUUCAUCAAAAACUACCAGGGAGGUGUCUUCUCCACAUAUGUCAGCCUCAGUCCAGAAACGCUUAUGUAAAGACAAGAUGGCAGCAUCCCCACUUUCAUCCCCUUGCUCUCCACAAGUGUCCAGAAAGGAAAGCCCAUCUAUCUCACCAAAGCUGCCUUCAUCCUCCAGCUCCCUGUGUUCAGACGGCUCACCCAGACCAGUAUCACCGUACGUGGUGAACUCCCCUCCAGGCUCUCCUACUGGCAGUGACACCAGUAUUCAUCUACCUUCAUCCACAAACAAGAAAUCAGGGACUCUCGUUAGUAUAGAUGACUAUAUGGAUUGUAUGCCUGUGUUGCCUAAGGUGCAAAUCUUUUCCAAUCUGUCCAACUCUGGAACAAGUCACUUUUCAUUGUCCGAUUCCAAUCAAUGUACACUCAAAAUAUCCAACGUACAAUCAAUAGCCGGUGACAGUUGUACUGGGGAGGACAGAGAGGGGAACUCGGUCGCUCCUGCAAUCAGUCACAAGCAAAGAGCCAGGCGACAUCUCAACUGGCCUAUUGAAAAUGGCGUAGACAAAAAUACUGCACAUGUAAAAGACGAACCAUCCAAUCAGUCAGAUGAUGACAACAAUGAUGGUUUUUCGGAGGAUUUUGAUUCGUCAAACCCUCCUAGUCCGUACCCCGUACAGCGAUCCAUCAUGUUCAGGAACUCGCGUAAAAAUAUGUCUCUCAAACCACUGAAUAAGGGCAAGAUGGUCAUUGACCUGGCCGAUGAGGAUAACAUGGACACACUUUCCAGCUCUUUACCCCGGGACACUGUCCAGCAGGUGGCUUCAUCCAUUGAUGAAGAUGUUAUCAUCGUUUUAUCAGAUUCUGAUUGAUGUCAUGGUGACAUCUAAAACUACUGUAUUUAUAGCAGAAAUGUUUUGUGGUCAUAAUUUUUGGUGAAUUAGCUCAAGAAAAUGAGAUUAAAGACUACGAAAGACCAAAUAUUUUUAAUUUGGUCCCUUAUAAUAUAAACAUACAGAUAAAUUUCCCAUCUGAUAUUACAAGUUGUCCACCACGUUUAUGAGUAAUCUGGUAUCAAACCUCACUAUAUCUGUUCUCAGCUACUGUAAAAAUGGAAAGUUUUCAGGAUGUGGAAAUGCUCAUGCUUCUUACAUUGAGUAAAUUAACAUAAAGAUAUCCACACGCAAUACACAUGAGAGGAUAUCAAUUACUGACCAUUCAGAGUCAAACAGUUUAAAAGUUGCAAUGCAAACAUUUCUACACGCGAAGUUUAAAGAGUUACAAUGCAAACAUUUCUACGCGCGAAGUUUAAAGAGUUACAAUGCAAAAAUUUCUACACGCAAAGAGUUACAAUGCAAACAUUUCUACACGCAAAGUUUAAAGAGUUACAAUGCAAACAUUUCUACAUGCAAAGUUUAAAGAGUUACAAUGCAAACAUUUCUGCACGCGAAGUUUAAAGAGUUACAAUGCAAACAUUUCUACACAUGAAGUUUAAAGAGUUACAAUGCAAACAUUUCUACAUGCAAAGCUUAAAGAGUUACAAUGCAAACAUUUCUACACGCAAAAUUUAAAGAGUUACAAUGCAAACAUUUCUACAUGCAAAGCUUAAAGAGUUACAAUGCAAACAUUUCUACACGCGAAGUCGGCCAGUUUAAAGAGUUACAAUGCAAACAUUUCUACGCGCGAAGUUUAAAGAGUUGCAAUGCAAACAUUUCUACGCGCGAAGUUUAAAGAGUUGCAAUGCAAACAUUUCUACGCGCGAAGUUUAAAGAGUUGCAAUGCAGACAUUUCUACGCGCGAAG